AUGGAAUGUAGGUUUGCCAAUGCACGCUGCCAUCGCUGUGGUAAACUGGGGCACAUUAAAAAGGCUUGUCGAAGCAAGGUCAGUUCAGAACAGGUCAAGAGUAAUAAGGAUUCAGGGCAUAUGCAAGGAAAGUUCGUGCCUGGAAAAAGUAAAAAAGGCCGGAGAGCGCUCCUUGUGAAAGAAGGAGAGGGAGAGGAAUCAGAAGAUGAAGGAGAAAUACACACAAUCUACAGUGUGGAAACAUUCAGCGUACACAGAGUUGCUCCAAUCACAGAAAAAGUAACUAUAAAUGGCAUACAGGUAACGUUUGAAGUUGACACAGGCUGUGGUGUAACGUUAAUGAAUAAAAGUCAGUACUCUAAGCUCUGGCAAAAGUCAAACAUACCCGAGUUAGAGAAAUGUAAAUUAAUACUGAAAACGUACACUGGAGAAAGAAUUGAGGUCCUAGGAAAAACUAAGGUGGAUGUUCUUCAUAAAAUAGAGCUGAAGUCACUACCCGUGAUUGUAACAAGUGGGUCAGGUCCAAAUCUAUUGGGCAGGGAUUGGUUACAAGAGUUAGCCCUGGUGAUACAUUCAGUUAAUAAACUGGGCCCCACAGAUGAACACACUCUGGAGAACGUACUACAGAAACACGCAGACGUGUUCAAGGAUGAGUUAGGUUUACUCCGAGGCACAACAGCACAGUUGUAUGUGGAUAAAGAGGCUCAACCUAAAUUCUACAAGCCUAGACCAGUGCCUUAUGCCAUGAAACUGCUGGUGGAGAAGGAGUUACAGCAGCUCCUGGAGGACAAAAUAAUAGAACCAGUAAAGUUCUCAGAAUGGGCAGCUCCCAUAGUGCCUGUCUUAAAGAAGACAGGAGACAGCGUAAGAAUUUGUGGAGAUUAUAAGCUCACAGUAAAUCGAGUGUCCAAGUUAGAACAGUAUCCAAUACCAAAGAUUGAAGAUCUGUUUGCUAAUUUAGCAGGAGGUCAGAAGUUUUCCAAGCUGGACAUGAGCCAUGCUUAUCAACAGGUCGUGUUGGAUGAGGGGGCUAGGAAUCCAGCUAUUUUUCAGCGUACCAUGGAGAACAUUCUGCAGGGUAUACCACAAGUGACUGUUUACUUGGAUGACAUUCUGGUGAGUGGAAGGACGGAAGCUGAGCAUCUUCAUAACCUGGAUGAGGUAUUGACAAGGUUGGAAAAUAGUGGGCUACGACUUAAAAGAAGUAAGUGUUCCUUCCUAGAUAAAGAAGUGGUGUUUUUAGCACACAGAAUAGACAGCUCAGGGCUGCAUCCGGUAGCAGACAAGGUGCAAGCAAUUCAAGAAGCACCCCCUCCAAGGAACAUGACAGAGUUGAAGGCGUUCCUGGGGUUACUGAACUAUUACCAUCGGAUCUUACCCAAUGUAUCGUCAACCCUGGCACCUUUACAUAAACUCCUGAGGAAGGAGACCGUCUGGAAAUGGGAGAAAGAACAAGAAAUUGCUUUUGUCAAAGCCAAGGCCCUACUACAAACGUCUGCUAUACUGGUACAUUAUGACGCAAGCAAGGAAUUGAUUUUGGCUUGUGAUGCAUCGCCUUAUGGUUUAGGGGCGGUAUUGUCCCAUCGGAUGCCGGAUGGUACCGAAAGACCAGUUGGGUUUGUGUCAAGAACCUUAAAUGCAGCAGAAAAGAACUAUUCCCAGUUGGAUAAGGAAGGACUGGCAGUUAUUUUUGCAGUGAAAAAGUUUCAUAACUACUUGUAUGGUAGAAAGUUCACAAUAGUCACAGAUCACAAACCAUUGAUUUCACUUCUCAAUGAGAUGAAGGGUGUACCUCAAAUGGCGUCACCUAGAAUUCAACGGUGGGCAGUAACAUUGCAAGCUUAUGAGUACACAAUUGUACACAAAGAAGGCAAACAACAUUGUAAUGCUGAUGCAUUGAGUAGAUUGCCAGUACCGGAAACAGAGAAACAAUCUGAUGAGGAUGAACGAGUUCUGUUGAUUUAUCAGACAGAUACGCCUCUGAUCACAGCUGCUCAAUCAGCAGAAGAGGGACACGUCGCCCCCGUGGAUCUAGAAGAUGAAGGAUUCCAGAAGAAACUAAUAAAAAAGGAGGAAGAUGAAGAUGAAAGUUUCUUCUAUGAAGUAUCAUUAAUCCCUGUGGAACACGACACCUCUGAGGAACACCUCACCCCAGGUUUCCAGCCUCUGAAGAAGGAGGAACCUGAAGAUGAAGAUGAUCUCAGAUUGAACAAGGAUUUCUGCUGCUCCUCAAAUCCACGUUCCUGUACAACCCAAAAUCAUCUCUACAAACACAUCAAGACCCCCCACAGUGUCAAAUAUGAGACCCUGGUGAAGAUUAAGACUGAACAUGAGGAUCUGACGCCCACCAGAAGCUCCAGUGAUCAGCAGACGUCCUCUGGUGCUGUCAGCAUUAACAGCUCUCUCACCAGAGAACAGAACAGAAGGAACGUCUGCUCACAGUGUGGGAAGAGCUUUAGUUCUCCCAGUGCUCUUAAAAAACACCAGCGCAUUCACACUGGAGAGAAACCGUAUCAGUGCUCACAGUGUGGGAAGAGCUUUAGUUCUCCCAGUGCUCUUAAAAUACACCAGCACAUUCACACUGGAGAGAAACCGUAUCAGUGCUCAGAGUGUGGGAAGAGUUUUAACGCACAGAGUGCUUUUAAAAUACACCAGCUCAUUCACACCGGCGUAAAACCGUAUCAGUGCUCACAGUGUGGGAAGAGUUUUAUUCGUCAGGAUGUUCUUAAAAUACACCAGCGCAUUCACACUGGAGAGAAACCGUAUCAGUGCUCACAGUGUGGGAAGAGUUUUAAUCAACAUAGUUAUCUCAAAAUACACCAGCGCAUUCACACCGGAGAGAAACCAUAUCAGUGCUCACGGUGUGGGAAGAGUUUUAAUCAACAGAGUCAUCUCAAACUACACCAGCGCAUUCACACCGGAGAGAAACCGUAUCAGUGCUCACAGUGUGGUAAGAGCUUUAACGCACAGAGUGCUCUCAAAAUACACCAGCUCAUUCACACCGGAGUAAAACCGUAUCAGUGCUCACAGUGUGGGAAGAGUUUUAUUCAAAAGGGUUAUCUUAAGAGCCACCAGCGCAUUCACACUGGAGAGAAACCGUAUAUGUGCUCACAAUGUGGGAGGCGUUUUAGACAACAGAGUUAUCUCAGGAGGCACCAGCGCAUUCACACUGAAGAGAAACGGUAUCAUUGCUUACAAUGUGGGAAGAGUUUAAAUCACCACAGUGAGCUUAAAGAGCACCAGCGUAUUCACACUGGAAAGAAAUCGUAUCAGUUCUCACAGUGUAAUAAGAGUCUUAGUCAACAGAGUGUUCUUAAAAGACACCAGCGCAUUCACACUGGAGAGAAACCGAACGUCUGCUCACAGUGUGGGAAGAGCUUUAGUUCUCCAAGUGUUCUUAAAAAACACCAGCGCAUUCACACUGGAGAGAAACCGUAUCAGUGCUCACAGUGUGGGAACAGUUUUAAAACACAGAGUCAUCUCAAACGACACCAACGCAUUCACACUGGAGAGAAACCGUAUCAGUGCUCACAGUGUGGGAAGAGCUUUAGUUCUCUAAGUGCUCUUAAAAUACACCAGCGCAUUCACACUGGAGAGAAACCGUAUCAGUGCUCACAGUGUGGGAAGAGUUUUAAUCAACAGAAUGUUCUCAAAAUACACCAGCGCAUUCACACUGGAGAGAAACCGUAUCAUUGCUCACAGUGUGGGAAGAGUUUUAAUCAUCAGAGUGCUCUUAAAACACACCAGUGCAUUCACACGGGAGUUAAACCGUAUCAGUGCUUACAGUGUGAGAAGAGCUUUAAUGCACAGAGUAGUCUCAACAAACACCAGCGCAUUCACACUGAAGAGAAACCGUAUCAGUGCUCACAGUGUGGGAAGAGUUUUAAUCAUCAGAGUGCUCUUAAAGUACACCAGCGCAUUCACACUGGAGAGAAACCAUAUCAGUGCUUACAGUGUGGGAAGAGUUUUAAUCAUCAGAGUGCUCUUAAAGUACACCAGCGCAUUCACACUGGAGAGAAACCAUAUCAGUGCUCACAGUGCGGUAAGAGUUUUAAUCAUCAAAGUGCUCUUAAAAUACACCAGCGCAUUCACACUGGAGAGAAACCAUAUCAGUGCUCACAGUGUGGGAAGAGUUUUAAUAAUCAGAGUACUCUUAAAAAACACCAGCGCAUUCACACUGGAGAGAAACCGUAUCAGUGCUCACAGUGUGGGAAAAGUUUUAAUCGACAAAGUGCUCUCAAAGUACACCAGCGCAUUCACACUGGAGAGAAACCGUAUCAGUGCUCACAGUGUUGGAAUAGUUUUAUUCAACAGAGUGCUCUCAAAAUACACCAGCGCAUUCACACUGGAGAGAAACCGUAUCAGUGCUCACAGUGUGAGAAGAGUUUUAAUCGACAGUCUAAUCUUAAAAAACACCAGCGCAUUCACACUGGAAAGAAACAGAACGUCUGCUCACAGUGUGGGAAGAGCUUUAGUUCUCCCAGUGCUCUUAAAAUACACCAGCGCAUUCACACUGGAGAGAAGCCGUACCAGUGCUCACAGUGUGGGAAGAGCUUUAAUCAUCAGAGUGUUUUCAAAAAUCACCAGCUCAUUCACACCGGAGAGAAGCCGUACCAGUGCUCACAGUGUGAAAAGAGCUUUAAUCGACAGAGUAGUCUCAAAGAACACCAGCGCAUUCACACCGGAGAGAAACCUUAUAUGUGCUUACAGUGCGGGAAAAACUUUAGUCAUCAGAUUAAUCUCAAAAAUCACCAGCGCAUUCACACUGGAGAGAAACCCUAUAUGUGCUCACAAUGUGGAAAGAGCUUUAAUCUACAGAGAAGUCUCAAAGAACACCAGCGCAUUCACACUGGAGAGAAACCGUAUCAGUGCUCACACUGUGGGAAGAGUUGUAAUACACAGAGUCAUCUCAUAAUCCACCAGCGCAUUCACACCCAAGAGAAACCGUAUCAGUGCUCACACUGUGGGAAGAGCUGUAAUACACAGAGUAGUCUCAAAACCCACCAGCGCAUUCACACUGGAGAGAAGCCGUACCAGUGCUCACACUGUGAUAAGAGUUUUAAUCAACAGAGUCAUCUCAGGGAACACCAGCGCAUUCAUACUGGAGAGAAACCGUAUCAGUGCUCACAGUGCGAUAAGAGUUUUAAUCAAGAGAGUCAUCUAAUAAAACACCGGCGCACUCACACCGGAGAGAAACCAUAUCAGUGUUUACAGUGUGGGAAGAGUUUUAAUCAACAAUUUCAUCUCAAAAUCCACCAGCGCAUUCACACGGGAGAGAAACCGUAUCAGUGCUCACAGUGUAAAAAGAGCUUCAAUCAACAGAGUGCUCUCAGUGGACACCAGCGCAUUCACACUGGGGAGAAACCGUAUCAGUGUUUACAGUGUGGAAAGAGUUUUAAUACACAGAGUGUUCUUAAAAGACACAAGCGCAUUCACACCGGAGAGAAACCGUAUCAGUGCUCACAGUGUGGUAAGAGUUUUAAUCAACAGAGUGCUCUUAAAAAACACCAGCGCAUUCACACUGGAGAGAAACUGUAUCAGUGCUCACAGUGUGGGAAGAACGUUAUUUCUCCAAGUGCUCUUAAAAAACACCAGCGCAUUCACACUGGAGAGAAACUGUAUCAGUGCUCACAGUGUGGGAAGAGCUUUAGUUAUCCCAGUGCUCUUAAAAUACACCAUCGCAUUCACACUGGAGAGAAACUGUAUCAGUGCUCACAAUGUGGAAAGGGUUUUAGUAAACAGAGUUAUCUCAAGAGGCACCAGCGCAUUCACACUGGAGAGAAACCGUAUCAUUGCUUUCAGUGUGGGAAGAGUUUUAAUAAACAGAGUGAUCUAAAAAUACACCAGAGCAUUCACACCGGAGUAAAACCGUAUCAGUGCUCACAGUGUGGGAAGAGUUUUAAUCAACAGGGUCAUCUCAACAGCCACCAGCGCAUUCACACUGGAGAGAAACCGUAUAUGUGCUCACAAUGUGGGAAAGGUUUUAGUAAACAGAGUUAUCUCAAGAGGCACCAGCGCAUUCACACUGAAGAGAAACGGUAUCAUUGCUUUCAGUGUGGGAAGAGUUUAAAUCACCACAGUGAGCUUAAAGAGCACCAGCGCAUUCACACUGGAAAGAAAUCUUAUCAGUUCUCACAGUGUACUAAGAGUUUUAGUCAACAGAGUGUUCUUAAAAGACAUCAGCGCAUUCACACUUGAUGAAAACCGCUUUAGUGCUCACACUGUGGGAAGAGUUUUAAUGAUCAAAUGAUGUUUUGUCUCUUAUUAUGAAUAUUUGAUGUAAUAUUGAUGUAUUUGAUGUAUGAUGUAGCACUAAGGUAAGUGAAUAAUAAAACAAUUACUUGA